UUUUUGUUUGUUUAGCGAAGUGAAAGGUGAAGCACGUCAAUCCGCAACAGUCAACAGUAAAGAGAGAGAGAGUGAGAGAGAGAGAGACAGCCAAUGCCAGUCUCUUUCAAAACUUCCUCUCUCCAACAAAAAAAAAAAACACGCAAGUUGCUUUCUCUUUCUCUCCCGUCGGUUGAUUGAAAAAAAACGCUAAAAAAAAAAUUACAGAUCGAAACCCUAACUUUCUCUCUCUACUCUCUCUCCCCCUCCUCACUUCCUUCGAUCCAGGUAGCUCGUUUUCAAUUUUAUUUUCCUAUAAGAACGAAACCUAGGUUGAUUUUGUAUGAAGUACCUUAGCUUAGCGCAGAAAACCUAGAAAUUUAUCUCAUUUCGAUCUUAAUUAGGGGCUUUCGUUGAUUCGAUAUUUGGAAUGAUUUAGCUCUCGAAUCUGCUUAGUUUUGUGUAAAUAUGCGUUUGGUCCCAGCUCCAAAAAAAGGAUCGUGUUUGGUUUAGGCAAUUCCGAUAGAGAAGCUUUGGGCGGCGUAAUAUUGUAAUAUUUGGUUAGUGUUUAGGGUUUUAUUGUAUGUUUUUUUGGAUCAAAGAAUGGAAUAGCCUAAUAUUUGCUUUAUCUUCAUUUAUAGUAGCUGGGGGCGUUUUGAAUUAGCUUUAGAUUUGGUAAUUAAUGAUAGUUAAGCUGUGAUUAGGAAACAUUGAAGAAAUUGGAUGGUGAUAAGCUAAAUGGGAAUUGCUUAUCAGAUUCAAGAUUUUUAGUUAUUGAAUAGUGAAUUUCGUGGGAGCAGCUAGAGUUAAAGAGUAUUUGGUAUAUAUUCGUCUUUAAAUUUUUGCAGAAAUGAGCUUAGAAAAUGAAGAACAACAUUCAUUACAUCAGCCAGCGGAUACCAGCAAGGAAUCUCAAAAGAAAUUGAGGAUUUCAUAUACCAGAGACCUUUUGCUGUCAUUGAGUAAACUGGAUGUUUGCAAGAAGUUACCCCCAGGAUUCAAUCAAUCAAUUUUGAGUGAAUUCGAGGAUACAUCACAAGAUCGGCAAAGAAUUCCUGGCCCCUUGACGGCUUAUAGGCGUAAUGAAUAUGGUUCAUCACCACCUACAAGAGGGGAUUCAGGUAACUAUUCUCGGGGAAUUAGUGGACGGUGGGACAGUCGCUCUAGUGGAAGGAGUGAUAGAGACAGCGAUUCCCAUUCUGAUUGGGACUCAGAUUCUGGAAGACGCUAUAGUAAUCAAUCCCAGCGGUCUUGGCAAGGUCCCGAGCAUGAUGGGCUUCUGGGGAGUGGUUCUUUUCCUCGAUCAUCUGGAUAUGCAGCAGGGACAGCAACUCCAAAGUAUCGAGCUAAUGAUCAAUACCAUCUAAAUAGGAGUAAUGAGCCAUACCAUCCACCCCGCCCUUAUAAGGCUGUACCUCAUUCAAGGAGGGAAACAAAUGACUCGUAUAAUGAUGAAACAUUUGGUUCCAAUGAGUGCACUAGUGAAGAUAGAGCAGAAGAGGAAAGAAAGAGAAGAGCUUCAUUUGAGUCAUGGAGGAAGGAUCAACAGAAAGCAUUCCAGGAGAAGAAGAUUAAUCCAGAAAGGCGUAAAGAUGACUUCGAUAUUUCAGAAUUGCUAGUGGACUCCAAAGAUGAUAAAGGACAUCCAAAUAAAAACAAGGAAUCAGAUGAACCUAUGCCAGCGUCAAAUAUUGAUUCCGAAAAAUCUUCUCUUCCCUCACAAACCCCUGCAUCCAGACCUCUUGUACCACCUGGUUUUGCGAGCACAAUUUUGGAACAGAAUUCUGGAACCAAAACUUCAUUGCACUCUGACUCUUCACAGGUUGGGAGUUCUGAAAUUGAGGACAGCCUUUCAGAGGCCAAAGGCAGCUUUCUGUUGAAUGGGACUUCUGAUGACCUUGCAGGCAAACAGUCUAAAAAGUAUGCAGAAGAAACUUCGAGUGAGCAGCAGCUUGGAGAUACAAACAUUCGUCUCUCAGCCAAUAGUAAGAGUGGGAAGGCUCUGAAUUUCUCAUCAGCUUUAGAUAAAUCUAAUGAGGCAAUUAGCAUGAAUUCUCAAAUAUACAAGAGUUCUAGUUUCUCAGAAGCCUUUGCAGCCCCAGGGAAAAGUGAAGUUACAGAAUUUGAUUCCAAGAAGCUGCUAGCAGAUAAAAUUUUGACUGAAACCAACCGGGAUAGUUCAACUUCAAUUCUAGACAAGCUUUUUGGCAGUGCUUUAACACCAAACGGAGGAGGCUCCGCUUAUUUCACUGAGCCUAAUGACAGCAAAGCAGAUGAGACUUGGGCCCCUGACACUUCCCAUUCUUCUAAGUUUGUUCAUUUGUUUCUUGAUGAAGACAAGAAACCAAUAGAUGAUCUCUCCGCUGGCAGGCCAAAAGACUUGCUCUCAUUAAUUCAGGGUGGUGAAAAGGGUGGUUAUGUUUCUGAUAAGAUAGCUACCAAGCAUGUAGCAUCAAACUUUCCAUUCCAAGUCUCUGAAUUUGCAGACAGGAAUGUUUUAUCAAAUUUGACAUCUCCUGGAAUUGUAAACUCUGAGCAAUCAUGGAAUGUUAAUGAUGUUAAUAAACCAACAGCAGUUCCAGCUGUCCUCACAUGUGAGGAUCUUGAAAAGUCAAUUCUGUCAGAAAGCACUGAAAAUGAUCCAAUGUUGCCUCCUGCUGUUGAAGGCUGGAAAAUUCUUGGUGCUGAAAGUGAGAAGCAAGAAGUUAAUCUCAAUGAUCAUGCAUCCCAGCACCUCCUUUUCUUGUUACAGAAUAAAACAAGUAUGAAAAAUAUAAUAUCAUCUGCCAAUCUAGACAUCAGGUCUUCAGAAAGAGUACAAAAUAAUGAAACAGCAAGUGUUGACUCUGCACCUCGUGAUUCAAUAGAGGUGAGUGCAGAAAAUGUUUCCAGUUCAGGGAAGAGUCUAACUCUUGAAGCACUUUUUGGAAGUGCUUUCAUGAAGGAACUACAAUCAGUUGGAGCACCAGCUUCUGUUCAGAGGUGCUCAAUAGAUUCUGCAAGUGAUGUAUUGGAAUCUAACAGGAUUCCCCUUCAUAUCACAGAUGAUAGUUUUCUUCCUUCAACAGUUCACAUUGGGUCAAACAGGACUAAGUUUGAAACAAAUAUUUUACCAUUUACUCAAAGUGAGCAGAUUAAAUCUGAUGACAUUGAAGAGCAUUUGUUAGGCUAUAAUGAUGCUCGAUCUGCAGUGGAUUCAUCUCAUCUCCGAGCUGAAUUAGGGUCUAAACUUGGUGGUUUUGACGGAUCCCCUAAAAUUCGGCUUCCUGAAGAGGAUAGUUUGAUUGGCGUCGGUAAUCCUGUGAAACUCCCGAACUUCAUGGCUGGUAAUGUAAAAGCAGAGCUAUUGCCCUCCCAAGAGACACCGACCGAUGUUGCUGAGAAACUAGCAGCUUUGAAGACUGUCUUCCGGGAUCACAGACCUGUUAUACAAGGGGAAGAAGCUCCACCUUUUCUUCAUGGUCCCUAUGAUAUUAGGGAGCCGGAUAUUCCAUUUCAUAACCAAAAUUUCCGGCCAUCUUCUCCACAGCUUCAUCCUCGAUUGAAUCAUGGAGGUCCUUUGAUUCAUUCAUUAGAUUCUCAUCCUUCUAACAUCAAUUCCCAGGUUAAGUUCAUGGCUCGAGAAGGCAUCAUCCAUCAUGAUACCCCAUCAAAUCAUCAAUUUCCUGCAAGCAUGCUUCGCCCUCCUUUCCAUCACCCUAGCAGUGGACUAAGUGGAUUUGAUCCUUCAAUGCAUCAUCCUAUGUUACAACAAAUGCCUAUGCCCGGAAACUUCCCUCCAACCCACUUGCAACGUGGAUUUCCGGGGGGUGUACCACUGUCUCAUUCAAAUAAUCAGGUGACUGGUUUCAUUCAGGAAGUGAAUUCAAUGCAUGGCUUUCCGUUUGGACAUGGUCACCAGCAGCCCCAGCCCAACUUUGCUGGUCUUGGAGUGCCUCCAGGUCAUGACGUUGGCAGCGGGAGCCCUCAUCCAGAGGCAUUGCAAAGGCUUAUUGAGAUGGAACUCAGGUCAAACUCAAAGCAGAUUUACCCGUUCGGUGCAGCUGGCCACAGUCAAGGGAUGCAUGGUCAUGAGCUAGACAUGGGUUUUCGGUAUAGAUAAUGGCUUUUGGUUGUAGAUUUGUCGUAUCGCAAUGUAUUGAGUGUCUUUUGCUCAGACUUGCUACCCGGUGAAUUGAGGAUAAAGUUUGUUCUUAAUUCAGGAGGGAUCGCUUUGGGUCAGUCAGUGGAAUUAAAAUCAUUAUACAUGAAACUGGCUUUUGGUUGCAAUUGCCCUUUUUUUUUUUCUCUUAACGUUGAAGGGGCCAAAGGGUAAACAAUAAAUCACUUGUUUGGGAAGAGUGCGGAACUUUUGGGAUACCAACACUUAAAUAACAUUGUUUGUUGAGCAA